GGUUGGACGUGGAUUGUUGUUCCUGAUUUCUUACUCUCAACUUAUUAGGGUUAAAACAGAAGGUUUGUUUGUUGCCAGUUGCAUGGUAUAUGGUCCGAUCCACCUGAUUCGUCUGUAAACAAUGUCACAUUUUCAGACUCUGGUUGUACCGAUAAUAGCAAGUAUUUUAAUUGGCCACUGGAUAAAACUCUAUUUUGACAGAGAGAAUAGGAUGUCUCCCCGCCCUGAUCCAUCCUCGUUCUCUGACUCCUCUCAAAUCAGGACAACAACGCUCAAUAUUGUUCUGACUGCCGAUCUGAAAAGUGCAGUUCUGUCUGGUCAUGUUGACAUUGCAUUUAAAAGAGUCAACAAAGAAUGUCAGUCGCUGGUUCUGGACUGCAAGGAUCUGGACAUCAGCAGGAUUCUUGACCAAGCAAGUGGAGAGGAACUGGAAUAUGUUGUUGGUGAUAAGUUCAAAGAAUUUGGAUCUCCUCUAACAAUUUCACUGCAGCCAUCUACCAAUGGAGUUACUGUUCACUACAAAACCUCACCCACUGCUUCUGGUGUCCAAGUUCUGAGUCCUGACCAAACAUUCGGAGAGCACCCCUACCUUUUCACACAGAACCAAGCUAUACACGCUAGAAGUAUUGUCCCUUGUCAAGAUACACCUGGUAUCAAGACACCGUACACCGCAGAACUCACUGUAGACAAACCUCUAGUAGCUGUUAUGAGUGCUGUAUCUGUGAGAUCAGAGGAAUCUGAAUCCACCACAACUUAUUUCUUCAACCAGAAAAUUCCAAUUCCAGCGUAUCUGCUGGCUAUUGUUAUCGGAGACAUAGUGUCCCAAGACAUAAGCCCCAGAGUUAGGGUGUGGUCAGAAAGAGCUAACAUCGACAAGUGCUACAGUGAGUUUGAAGAUACAGAAACCAUCCUGAAAGCAGCUGAGGAAGUUGCAGGGGAGUAUGUGUGGGGGAGAUAUGAUCUGCUAGUUCUGCCACCAUCUUUUCCAUACGGUGGCAUGGAAAAUCCUUGCCUGACUUUUGUAACUCCCACACUUCUCGCGGGCGAUAAAAGUUUGGUAAAUGUAGUUGCUCACGAGAUUGCUCACAGCUGGACUGGAAAUCUGGUCACCAACGCUAACUGGGAACAUUUCUGGCUGAACGAAGGAUUUACAGUUUUCUUGGAGAGGAAGAUUUUGGCUAAGCUGGCAGGACCCGAAGAAGGAGAAGCAGUGAGGGAAGGUGCUCACAUGAUGGGUCUUAACAGUCUGAAAUAUGCUAUUGAAGUGUUUGGUAAGGACAACCCUCUUACUGCCUUGAACGUUAACCUGGAUGGGGUAGAUCCUGACGAUGCAUUCUCCUCUGUCCCCUAUGAGAAGGGAUCAACUUUCUUAUUUUAUCUAGAAACCUUAGUCGGAGGGCCAGCUGUGUUUGACCCCUUCUUACGAAGCUAUAUUGCAGAACAUGCAUACAAAAGUAUCACUUCCGAAGUGUUCGUCAGUUAUUUCAAGUCACAUUUCCCGAAUGUGGAGGUUGACUGGAGAGGGUGGCUGACCACUCCCGGGAUGCCUUUAGUCAUUCCUAAAUACGAUGAUUCCCGUCAACAAAAGUCAAUUGAGGUUGCCAAGGCAUGGUCUAAUGGGGAUAUAUCUGAAAAAGAACGAGAAUCUUUAUCUUCUAAACAGGUGAUAUCCACCCUUACAUUGCUACACACUUACGAUGACGUAACCUUGGAGACGGUCAAACAGCUUGACUCGACCUUCCACUUCGGCGACUCUCAAAACGCAGAGAUUCUUUUCGCGUGGUGUCGAGUCUGUAUCAAGGCACGCUAUAGUCCUAUCGUCAGCAAAGCUCUAAACUUUGUGACGACUCAAGGGAGAAUGAAGUUUGUUCGACCGAUAUUCCGAGAUCUUUUCUCUUGGAAGGAAUACAGCCAACAUGCCAUAGAUGUUUUUGAAAGGAAGAAGAGUUUUUACCAUAACAUUUGCCGUAGCAUGGUUGAGAAAGACAUACUGGCUCAUCAAGCUAAUGCUUGAAAUUUGUUUCUGCCGUAGAUAUGAGAUUUCGAAAUUUGAUUUUAUAAAUAAUUGCUACAUUUAAUUUAUUGUGAUUCGUUUCAUUCAUUUUUUGAGGUAUGA